AUGAGAAUGACAAUAGGAAGAGCAAACACUAAACUAGUCCCCAAUGAACAACAUGAUGAAGAAAGACAAUAUGCAUAUGAUAAUCCAGAAAAGGUAUUACAUUUUCCAUUUGGUGAAUCAGCUCAAUUUAUAACACCAUCUGAAGUUACAACAAUGGCAGGAAAGAUAAAAGAAGGUAGAGUAGGGCUAGAUGGACAAGUUGAACCGAUGGAACCUUCGAUGAUGAAUAUCAAUCAUUUUAGAUCGAAGCAAUCAAGUGAUAAACCCAAAAACAACAAUAUCUUUGAAGACAACAAAUUUAGAAACUCACAGAGCGGCAAUCGACUAUUCAAUAUCUUUGAUGGAAUACCUGCAUUCGAAUUCAAAGAAUCAAAGCCAGAGAAUGUUGUACAUACCGGUGGAAAUGGUUAUAUACCAAAGAAACCUCAACCUGACUUUUCCAAAAAAGUUACACCUAAAAUAGAAUUAUAA